AAGAGGAGCCGCCCCAAGGAAUUAGAGCAAGAAACCUACUGGGUCGCUCCAAUCUUUAUAUCCAUCCAAAGAUUACAGAAGCCAAUGACAACUCAACUGGUGGAGAAGUGGUGCAGUCUGAAAUGGCAAUUGUGCUGCAUGACACAGAGACACCUGACCAUGGCAGGCACAAUGUACAGGAGCCAGAGGUUAUCAGUGGUCUGCAUGAAAACCAUACAGCUCAUUCUAGUAGGCAUGGUCUCCAGGAACCAGAGGUUAACAGGGAAGAGUUUUACAUCGACUCUGCCGAGUCAGAAGUAUCAGACCUGGAUGAGGCUGUCCUGGCUUCCCCUGAACAAAAUGAUUCACAUGACGAGAUGGACCUUGCUACUGUGUUAAAAGAUUUCCAGGAAACGCAUCUUGACACCAGCAAUUAUUGUACAGUGAUAGCCCGACGAAGGAAAAUCCUACAUAGUGCCUGCAUGGCACUUUCGAAGUCCUAUUUUUCCUGGCAUAAAUUGCCAAAUAUUGAAUUCGUUGGUGAAAUGGCCGAUGAUUAUGGAGGCCCAAGGCGGGAAUUUUUUCGCUUACUUAUGGUCGAAACUCAGAAUUCCCUAGGGAUUUUUGAGGGGAAGCCUGGCAGCCUGUUGUUCUGUUAUAGCCAGCAGUUGCUGUCAAGCAACAAGUUUUAUACGGCUGGUAAACUGAUUGCUUGGUCCAUAGCACACAAUGGGCCAGGGCCACGGUGUAUCAAUAGACACCUGUUCUGUUUGAUGUGUGGCCAGAAGACAUCUCUUGAUGACUUUGAUGUCGAGGUCUUCAUGGACGAAGACAUUAAACAGAACAUAGAAAAGGUUUCCAACUGCAGCACCCCAGAAGACCUGGCAGACUUGAAAAGUCACCUUGGGGACUGGAUUGCAGGCUGUGGUAUCCCUGACAUCUACACUGCCACACUACUUGAUGUUAUGAGGAUAAGGGGCGAGAUUGUAUCUCAUUUUGCAUUUCACAGGGUUGCCAGCAUGAUUCAACAGUUUGUUGCCGGUAUGGACUCGUGUGGUCAGUUCUGGCAAAUGGUGAAGAGAUGCUGGAAGCAGUUCCUUCCUGUAUUUACAAAUGCAGGAAAUAAACUUACAAGGAACAGCUUCCAGGAUCUCUUCACCAUUGGAUGGAGUCCAGCUGGAAGUAACAGACGUGAAGAAGAGGAAGCCACCAUCUUUCAGUGGGAAUGGUGGCUUAUGGCCAUUCAGGAGCAUGAGGUGGACCACGCGUUUGAAGAGCUGCUGGUCUUUAUAACUGGGGCUGACUUACUUCCACCACUGGGGUUCCCACAGUCCUGCAACAUAGACUUUUACGAUCAGGAGCCUGGGAUGCGGCGCAUCCCAUACGCAUCAACGUGCAGCUUAUCCCUCUAUCUUCCAAGAGGUGUUGCAGAUGAAGAUCAAUUUAAAGAUCUUAUGAACGAUGCAUUAAAAGGAUCCCUUGGAUUUGGCAAGGUGUAGCGGCAUACAUGAACUGAUGCUGGGAAGCUGUUAUUAAAACUUGUGGCCUUGUGAUGAAGUUUAUUUUAAGUGUUCUUAAAUGGGAUUGCUCCUGGCACUCAGGCUUCUUAAAGCUUUUACAUUUUAAAAGUGAACAUUCAUUUGUU